AUGAAUACACAUGAUGUUAUUCCAACGCAUGUUGACGAUGCUUUUUCAGUGUAUAUCGCAAGGGCUGGCCAUGUCGAAGACUAUUACCUCGAAGUACAUCGUAAAUAUGGACCAAUAGUGAGAAUCGGCCCCAAUGAACUGUCCUUCGCGUCCCCCGAGGCCGCUGUAGACAUCUUUCGGACAGGAAGAAGGUUCCAUAAAACAGAUUUCUAUACAACAUUUCUACCUGAUGGGAUUAAAGACAUCUUCACGGAGAUACGCGAGAAGGUGCAUAGUGGAAAGAAAAGAUAUGCAGUCCCUCCUUAUAGCCUCGCAUCAGUGAAGAAGCAAAAUCAGCAAAUUGAAGGUAUCACAUUAGACUUGCUUGCAAUUAUGGACUCUGUUGCUGUCAAAAAUCACACGGAAACCUUUGAUCUCGGUAGUUGGCUACACUUUUUGGCCUUCGACGUUCUUGCACAAUUUGCAUUCGACCGCCCAUUUGGGUUCUUGAAGCAAGGCAGAGACGUUGAUCAGUUCAUUUCUUCCAUCAGUCAAUCGACAUACGAAAGUUCCUUUCUCGGGCAAAUACCAAAGCUUGAGCGCCUGACACGUUCCAACCCUUUGUGGAAAUACGUUCCCUUCUUGCUAAAGAAUAAACUGAGAUUGAUGCUCGAAACUGCCGAGUCGGUCUUGAAUGAAUUUCAGCAGACUGAUAGCGAAAAGUCGAGGACAGCUGCCUGCUUGUUGAAAUCCCUUCUAGAUGCACAUGUCAACAAUCCAGAGCAUUUUGGCAUAGAUGAUGUAAUGGCGAUUUCUAUGGGUGCCAUUGCUGCCGGUUCGGAUACUACUGCAUCAACAAUGCACAGUUUCUGCUGGCAUGUCUUGGCAAAUCCCAACGUUCACCGCAAACUAGCAGCUGAGCUUUUGGAUGCACCGCUCUCACCUAUCGUCCAAUACUAUCAAGCGAUCGCACUUCCGUAUUUCCAGGCCUGUCUGAAGGAGACUAUGCGACUGCAGCCUGCCCUUCCCUUCAAUAUUACACGUACAGUGCCAGAGGGGGGUGCCACUGUAAACGGUACCUUUUUACCCGGGUCCACCCGCGUCGGUGUCAGUGCCUGGGUUAUGCACCGAGAUGAGACAGUUUUUGGAACCGACAGCAGAGUGUUCAGACCUGAAAGAUGGAUUGAAGUCGAUGAUGAAAAGCUGAGAAAAAUGGAAAGAUGCAUGUUUCAGGUAUGA